AUGGCUAUCUCCGAUUUUGAAAAGCAAAGACAGGAAAAUAUCCAGAGAAAUAAGGAGUUGCUUCGACUGUUGAAUCUUGACUCUAUUUCGAAUUCCAUAAAGAAAGAGCUCCCUUCAAGUCCUAGUCCUUCAACUCUGAAGAGGCAAAAGAGAACUAAAAUUUCCCCUGCUACAUCCACUCGUGAAUCUAAUGAACCCUCUAGGAGAUCGAGAAGAUUAGCUGGUGUUAAGGUUGAGAAUUCUGAAGAAUAUGCUAAGUUACAAAGGGAAGCCGAUGCGCAAGAGGAGAAGAAGAAACAGGUUGAAAAAUUAAAGCAAACACGGUUAUAUGGGAACUACCACCUCAUAGAUUUGGUUACAGAUCCAAAGGGUGACUUAAAGAGUGGAGAGAAGGUGUUCAAGAAGGAAGAACACGAUGGAAUCGACGAUCGUAGUAAUGGCGGUGUAGAUGAUGUUAAAGCCGAUAGCGCCGUUUUGGACAUUUUGAAAGAUUUGGGUGCAAAAUUCUCUGCUGGCGAUUUCUAUGAUCUUAUUCGAGACAAAGUCAGUACCACAGACGACGAUUAUGAUUUAGAAAAGAAAAGGAAAGAAUUUGAUGAUUUAAAGCUUUAUGAAAGGUUUGACCCAUUAGACAUCAAGAUCACUCAUCAAAGAAUAUCAGCCGUCACAUUCCAUCCAGCGACUGAAGAUAGAGUAAUUGCGGUAGGUGAUACAGUUGGGGACUUAGGAAUAUGGGCUGUUGAUUCAAAGAGCGAGAGUAACGAGGAUGAAGAUGAAGAUGAGCCAACGAUCUCCAUAGUGAAACCUCACGGUAAACUUAUAUCCAGGCUACUCACGCCUACUGCAGAACCCACCAAGAUCUUCUCUGCUUCGUACGAUGGUUCAGUGAGGAGCUUAGACCUCAACAAGUUAAAGUCUAGUGAAUUGGCAUACCUAAAUGAUCCUUUUGUAGAUGGUGACCAUCCCUUGGGAGUUUCAGAUAUAAACGUGUGUGCUGAUAACCAAAAUAUUUUAUAUAUGACUACGUUGUCAGGAAACUUCUAUCAGCACGAUAUUAGACAACCAUUUAAGGCUACAGCAGAAAAGUCUUUACUUCGACUCCAUGACAAGAAGAUUGGAUCUUUCUCUGUUAGCCCCAAUAAGUCGUACCAGAUAGCCACUGCAUCUUUGGAUCGUACCCUUAAGAUAUGGGAUUUAAGAAAUAUAUCUGCUGCUAACUCAUAUUGGUCAGACUAUGAAUUAGAUAACCAACAGUCUCCCCAUUGCUAUGGAAGUUACUCGUCUAAAUUAUCAGUCUCUUGUGUAGAUUGGAACCUGGAUGAUAGGCUAGUUUGCAAUGGGUAUGAUGAUCAGAUUGCAGUUUUCGAUUUGACAGAGGGAGAGAAACCUGUGGCAAAGUGGGCGGAUACGUAUCAGCCAAAUGUACCAGCCAAAAAGAAAUCUAGAAGGAGCUCACCUGAAGAAAAUGAAAUUCCUGUAAACUUGACUCCCUUCACAAAGAUCAGACACAACUGUCAAACGGGAAGGUGGGUUUCCAUAUUGAAAUCGAAAUGGCAGCAAGCACCAGCUGAUGGAGUUCAAAAAUUCUGUAUUUCUAAUAUGAACAGAGGUAUCGAUGUCUAUGACCAAAAGGGACAAAUUCUAGCUCAUUUGACAGAAGAAAAGGUAGGAGCAGUUCCAGCAGUAGUAGCUAUGCAUCCACUGCAAAACUGGUGUGUGGGAGGAAGUGCAAGCGGGAAGCUAUACUUCUUUGAGUGA